GCUGAUGGGAAAUAGGGGUAGAGCUGAGGUUUUUGGCAGUUAACUGCUGAGGCUUUUGGUCAAUUAAACUGUGGGGCUUCGGGAGUUGAAAAUACUGGGCUUUGGGGCAUUCAAGCUGCUGGGGCUUCUGGCAGCUAAACUGCUGAUAAAGAGGGAAGUCUGUGGAGAAGACACCAGCUUGCUAUAAUGAAGAAAGAAAUACUUGACAUUUUUAAAAUGAAAACUUUCCAGGUCAAGGAAUUUCCUCUUCCUCCCUGAACUAAGAUUGCCUGGUGUCCUUGCAGGAUCAAGAACGGGGCUGGGCACACAACGUGUGCUAAGAAAAGAAUGUUUGGAGUGAAUUGAACCCCUGAGGAAUGUGGACAGUUUAGAGGCACAGAACGUGGCCUCUGGGUGAAUAUUUGCCUCAGGUUGGAUGCUUAAUAGUGAAUAGCAAUGCGCCGACAGACACAUGUCAAGAUUCAUUAUGAAAAGUCAAAAACUCCAGGAACUUCUAGCCCAGUUGUUGACAAUGAUGAAAUUAUUGAUGCAGUUGGGCAAUCAAAAUUUGUUCUAAAGAACCUGCAGAAUUACACAAUCCACCCAAAUUUGAGCCACUACUAUGAACCGUUGAAGCCCACAGCACUGCAGAGAUUCCUGAUUCAAAAUCAGAAAAUCAAAAGCUUCAUGUUAAAAGUGUCAGAUUUUGAUCGGGAUAAGACUUUACUGAUUUUGACCAACAACCCACCUCCCUCCCCAUUUGACCAACAAGGAAGGGACAUCACACCCAGCUACUUUCCCCAGGAGUUACUGCUCAAGGAAAAUUAUCAUCAUCCCAUCAAGAAUUUCUGCCUACCUCUGAUGCCCCAUAAAAAAAGGUUAAAGUCUGGGCUUAAACCUGUCUUCCUUGUGACACUGCAGGAGGAUUCUACAUCCAAACAGGAACAAUGGUAUAGGUUUUCCACUAGCAAAGAUUUCAGGAGUGAAGGGAAGUACUCUAAGCUCUACGCUUUGAGGAAACAGAAAAAAAUGUACCCUCACCUCAACUUUGCUCCAGUCUUCAAGAGAGACAUGAGGAAAGAUGUUUCCAGGAAGACGGAGAGUGACAAGCCGGCCCCCAAGGGCUGGGAACCCCUAACUCUCUCCUCGCUGCAGGAAGAGGCCCCCACCAGGCCGGCGCCCGGGGAGAGCGCCUUCCGCCACGGCCGGGCCCCGCAGUGGAGCGUGAGGAAAGCCACAGCCUUUGAGGACACCCUUCAGGCCUCCGCCUCGGUCUCCAGGGCCUGAGGGCCCCGCCGCAGUCGCCUCCGGGGCGCGCCAGCCAAAUAAAGCCACAU